CAGGGCUACUGUCAGCCUCUAUAGCACGAGCGCUAGCUUUCCAUCAGGAGGCAUAUUCACGCCUACUAUGCGAGCUCUUCUAGGUUCCUCUUUGGGCUUGUCUUCCGCUGUAUUUCUGUCACACCGAAGACUCUUCACUCUAAUCUUGAAACACAUUGCAACAGUACCAGGUUGUUUUUCCGGAAUCGUCCAAUAGCAUACUGUACCACCAUGCCGAGGAGGUGAGCAUACUCAGGAGUGCAGCUCAUUUUUAUGACAUGCCGACUGAAAGCUGGCAUGGUUCGAAGGCGAGGUCGGCAUGUGGUAGGUUUGACUUCAGGGGAUAACGACUUGCAUAUAAGAUAUGCGGUGCGGUCCAGGUUGCACCUUGCUGUACGACCACAAGAUUAUCUUUCUCAAUACAUACUGCAGCCAUGUCUCUGAAGAGAUCAAUCGCGACUCUUCCGCUGCUCUGGCUUUGUGCUACAGCUAUCCCAGCUGGAUCUGGCUGGUGGCCGAACGGUACAUCAUCAGAUAUUGUCGGAGGCGACUUUAAUACUGCAGCGUAUGGUCUGAUCGAUACAUACGAUGGCACUAACUGGCUGAACAUGUUCGAUGUGCAAGCUAUAACUGAUCCUACACAUGGCUUCGUCGAGUAUGUCAACGUACAGCAAGCCCAACAGUUGGGUCUCCUUCGAGCACAAGGGAGUCAGGUCUACAUGGGAGUAGAUACUACAUCUGUGCUGAAUCCUAACGGUCCUGGGCGAAAGAGUGUUCGUAUCCAAAGCAAGCGAGCCUACAACCAAGCCCUCGUUAUCGCCGACUUUGCUCACGUUCCAGGAAGCAAUUGUGGCUCCUGGCCGGCAUUCUGGAUGGUCGGACCCAACUGGCCCAACCAAGGCGAGAUCGAUAUCUACGAAGGCGUGCACCUGAACACCUACAACCAAGCUACGCUUCACACCUCGCCCGGCUGCGUACCUUCUGUUGGUCCUGGUGGCGAAACAGGACGCCGUGUCGCAAACGCAGACUGCGGUACUGGCGGCGGUUUCAACGGCUGCGGCGUCGAGUCCAACAAUCCGACCUCCUACGGCACAGCAUUCAACGCGAACGGUGGCGGUGUGUAUGCCGCGCUAUGGACGAACUCGGGCAUCAAGAUUUGGUACUUCGCGUCUAGAGAUGUACCCGCAAAUAUCAGGAAUGGCAAUCCUGACCCUAGCUUGUGGGGUACACCGGCUGCAAACUUUGGACCAGGGUGCGACUACGGGACGAAGUUCAGGGAUUUGAAUAUUGUGUUUGACAUCACAUUCUGUGGAGAUUGGGCUGGUGGUACCUGGGGUCAGACGUCCUGUGCGCAGGUCAAUCCAAGCUGUAAUGCGUAUGUGGCGAGUCAGCCGCAGUCGUUUGCUGAUAGCUACUGGAUGAUCAACUCAGUUAAGGUGUAUAGUGUGUGAGUAUGGGUCUUUUGGCACGCAUUUCGUUCUUGCACGUG